AUGGAAGGAAUGAUCACAAUUGCAGAGCCAGCCAAACGGUCAUUCAUCAAGCGCCAGGCCCCUUCGUCAGUUGGUUUCCUCGAUCGCCUCCCCCUUGAAAUACUACAUUUGACGUUCAACCUUCUGGAUUUUCAAUCCUUAUCAUACUUUUCACGUACGUCUUUACAGGGCAAAACUCUUGUUGAGUCAUUGCCAGCAUAUCGCGACCUAAUGCAGUAUGCGCCGCGCACUUUGAAAGCCCUAGGCCAAACUGGCCUUCUUCAUUUUCACCCAGCUGCGACCAUUUACCAAGCUAUGCAGUCUAAGGCAUGUAUCUCCUGUGGAGAGUAUGGAGCCUUCCUAUUUCUUCUCACCUGCCAACGAUGCUGCUAUCACUGUCUGUGCGACAACACCGAUCUAUGGCUCAUCUCAUCCUCUCUUGCGCGGAAGUGCUUUUCCCUCACAUCCAAUGACCUGAAGCAUGUUCCAACCUUACACAGCAUCCCGGGAACGUACACUACUGACCAAAAAUCACGUCGCCAACGCCUACGCCUUAUCAAUGUCAAGCAAGCCCGAGAACUUGAACCCAAGCUCCGUGGGCGCAUAGAUGCCCUAGGCAAUUCCCGUAUGGAUAUCAGAUCCUUUCCAAGGGGAAUGAGGAGUGUCCUAUUCAGGUGUCUUCGCAAGGAACCUGUGCGGAUAAUAAAUCAAGACCUCUCAACAGUGAUGAGGGAUCAGGUCGUUCAUUCGGAUGACUUUGAAGGAAUGGGAUCUAUACCGUUUCCUUCGCUAUCACCUACCCAUGGUAUUGAUUAUGGACUCUGGUGCUAUGGGUGCAAAUGGAUGUUUAAUAAUAUCCAUUUGAAAGAUCCUCUUCUAUUAGACGUGAUCGCCGAUAUAACACCCGCGGGCGUCAAACCAUCUCGUAUCCUUUUUGCUCGACAGAAUCGCGCUCGAUCCAAAUCUGAGUUCCUGCAGCAUGUACAUGACUGCUAUGGUGCGCAAAAACGAAUGGCAAAUCCAUCGUCACGAUUUCAUACCUCCGACACAGACCCCGACCACUAUGCAACCCUAGGAUGA